AUCUUGCGCAGACUUCCUGCAAGUGGACCUUAUUCAGUUUGUAGAGGAGACUCACGAUGUCGCUGUACACCAGCUGUGAAAUUGUGUGUGUGUGUCAUUAUCCAGCCACUCCUAGCGAGCAGUAGUGUGGUUUAUGCUUUUGCAGUUGAUCGUCGAGACAGGCAGAGACUUGAUUCUUCCUUGUUGAGAUUUCGGAUUUAUUCCUUACUUUUUGGUUGUGUUCCUGCCCACCGAAUAGGAAACAUUUACUGAUUCGGAGAUCAGCGACACGAUGGCUAUCGCUGGAUUUACGUUACGAAGCUGUGCCAUUGUUUUGCAGCUCCUUUCUUUGCAUUUCGCAAAUGGAGAUGUGAGCUAUUCUUUUCCCGAGGAGAUGAGACGUGGAUCCCUCAUCGGAAAUAUCGCGAAAGAUUUGGGUCUUGAAAGAAGUACACUAUCCGCUCGAAAGGCUCGGAUUGAUACGGAUGGAAGCGACAAACGUUAUUGUGAUAUAAACCUUCGUAACGGGGAUCUGACCGUUGCCGAGCGCAUUGACCGAGAAGGCCUGUGUGGAGACAAAGCAUCCUGCGCUUUAAAACAAGAGCUCAUGUUAGAGAAUCCGUUAGAGUUGCAUCGAAUUAGUCUACAUAUUCAGGAUAUAAAUGAUAACUCGCCAAAAUUUAAUAAAGAUUUAAUUAACAUCAAUAUUUGGGAAUCCGCAGCAAAAGGGGCUCGUUUUCCAAUAGAAGAAGCACACGAUGCGGAUAUAGGUAAAUAUUCAGUUCAGAGGUACGACCUGCAAAGUAAUGAUAAUUUUAUUCUGGGGGUUGGAACAAAUUCUGUCGAACUUGUACUUAGCAAAGAGCUUGACCGUGAAAAUUUGAAAGAAAUGAAUCUGCUUCUCACAGCUCUUGAUGGUGGCUCUCCUCAACUGUCAGGUACUGUGGUCAUUCACAUUACUGUACUGGAUGCUAAUGAUAACGUCCCAGUGUUCAGUCAGGCCGUUUACAAAGCCAGUCUGCCUGAAAACUCUCCACUGGGCACUGUCGUGCUGACGGUGAGUGCAACUGAUGCAGACGAAGGUCUAAAUGGAGAUGUUACAUAUGAUUUUGGACACAUAUCGGAGGAUGUGAAAUCAGUUUUUACUAUAGAUCAUAAGACGGGUAAUGUCAAAUUGACGACCCCGGUCGACUUUGAAGCGGUGUCAUCAUUUGAACUGCGUGUUACUGCAAAAGAUGGUUUGGGAUUGACCUCUUACGCAAAAGUCAUGAUAGAUGUUGCUGAUGUGAAUGACAAUGCUCCAGUUAUAUAUCUAAAGUCACUGACUAACCCCAUACCUGAGAACGUGUCACGUGGUACAGAGGUGGGCAUCAUUAACGUGCAGGACAGAGACUCUGAGAAUAACAGACAGGUUCGUUGCUCCAUUCAACAAAAUGUCCCUUUUAAGUUAGUUCCUUCGAUUAAAAACUAUUAUUCUCUGGUGACCACAGGACAACUGGACCGUGAACUAGUGUCAGAUUACAACAUUACAAUCAUUGCAACUGACGAGGGCUCUCCACCUCUGUCCUCCUCUAAAACUGUUCAGUUAUCUGUAGCUGACAUCAACGACAACCCACCUGUGUUUGAGGAACAGUCCUACAGCGCAUAUGUGACUGAAAAUAACAAACCUGGCUCCACGUUAUGUUCCGUGACUGCUCGAGACCCCGACUGGAGACAAAACGGUACAGUGGUUUAUUCUCUGUUACCUGGUGAGGUGAACGGUGCCUCGGUGUCCUCCUAUCUAUCAGUUAACGGAGACACGGCGGUGAUCCACGCUGUGAGGUCGUUUGAUUAUGAACAGUUCAGGAGCUUUAAAGUCCACGUGAUGGCCAGAGACAACGGUUCUCCUCCACUCAGCAGCAACGUGACCGUCAGCGUCUUCAUAUCGGAUGUGAACGACAACUCUCCUCAGAUACUGUACCCCGCCCCGGAGGGCAACUCCUUCAUGACCGAGCUGGUCCCCAAAGCUGCACACGGAGGCUCUCUGGUGUCCAAAGUGAUCGCGGUGGACGCGGACUCCGGACAGAACGCCUGGCUGUCCUAUCAUAUAGUCAAAUCCACUGAUCCGGGACUUUUCACUAUUGGUGUCCACAGCGGAGAGAUCAGGACACAGCGGGACAUUUCUGAGUCUGACAGCAUGAAACAGAACCUUAUUGUGGCGGUGAAAGAUAACGGACAGCCCUCUCUGUCUGCCACCUGUUCCAUGUAUUUACUUAUUUCUGAUAACUUGGCUGAGGUGCCAGAGCUGAAGGACAUUUCUUAUGAUGAGAAGAAUUCAAAACUGACCUCUUACCUGAUUAUAGCGCUGGUCUCUGUCUCCACCUUUUUCCUGACCUUCAUCAUCAUCAUCCUGGGUGUGAGGUUUUGUCACAGGAGAAAGCCCAGGCUGUUGUUUGACGGAGCUGUCGCCAUCCCCAGCGCUUAUCUCCCUCCUAAUUACGCAGAUGUUGAUGGCACAGGAACUUUACGCAGCACUUACAAUUAUGACGCCUACCUGACAACAGGUUCUCGAACCAGUGACUUUAAGUUCGUGACAUCUUACAAUGACAACACACUGCCUGCUGACCAGACUCUGAGGAAAAGUCCUUCUGACUUUGCUGAUGCUUUUGGAGACUGUGAUUCUUCUCCUGAGGUAGGGACAGUCGUUAUCCAUCUUUCGACUUCUAUCUGCACUUUAAAGUUUUCUUUCUUUCUCUAUCUAUAUACUGAACAAUUGAAACAAUGUAAGGCACGACACAAUUUUCCUAAAAAAUCCAUACAACUUAUUCUGAAAUGCCUGAAAUAA